CCCUACACUCUCACCCCUUAGCUGACCUGCCCUGCCGGUCCCGCAGUACUAGGGGACGCACGUCGUCCCCGACCGCAGGCAGUCUGAAGUCGCCUCCUGGCCUUGAGUCCUCCACUCCCGAGUCCUCGCCGGACCGUGGCUGGGCGCCGAUCGCCUGCUGCAGGAAGCGAAGAACGUCAGAGAGGAAGUAGAAGAUGAACAAGCCUUUGACACCAUCGACAUACGUACGCAGCCUCAAUGUUGGAAUCCUUAGGAAGCUGUCAGAUUUUAUUGAUCCUCAAGAAGGGUGGAAGAAAUUAGCAGUAGCUAUCAAAAAGCCAUCUGGUGAUGACAGAUACAAUCAGUUUCAUAUAAGGAGAUUCGAAGCCUUACUUCAGACUGGAAAGAGCCCCACCUGUGAGCUGCUGUUUGACUGGGGCACCACGAACUGCACAGUCGGGGACCUUGUGGAUCUUCUGAUCCAGAUUGAGCUGUUUGCCCCCGCCACUCUCCUGCUGCCAGAUGCUGUUCCCCAAACCGUCAACAACCUGCCUUCUAGAGAAGCGGCAACAGUGGCACAGACACACAGGCCUUGUCAGGAAAAGGACGGGACGUCCGUAAUGUCUAUGCCGAAGCUAGAACAUAGCUUUGAGCCACCCGACUCCUCAAGUCCAGACAAUAAAAGUGUAGAAUCCAGCGGUACUCGGUUUCACAGCUUCUCAUUUUAUGAACUGAAAAGCAUUACAAAUGACUUCAAUGAGCGACCUGUGUCUGUCGGUGGCAACCGGAUGGGAGAGGGGGGAUUUGGAGUGGUAUACAAGGGCUGUGUGAACAACACCACCGUAGCGGUGAAGAAGCUCGGAGCGAUGGUUGAAAUCAGUACUGAAGAACUAAAGCAACAGUUUGAUCAAGAAAUUAAAGUCAUGGCAAAGUGUCAGCACGAAAACCUGGUGGAGCUGCUCGGCUUCUCUAGUGACAGUGACAACCUGUGCUUAGUGUAUGCUUACAUGCCCAAUGGUUCCUUGCUCGACAGGCUGUCCUGCCUGGACGGUACUCCACCACUUUCCUGGCACAUGAGAUGCAAGAUUGCUCAGGGUGCAGCAAAUGGCAUCAGUUUUUUACAUGAAAAUCAUCAUAUUCAUAGAGAUAUUAAAAGUGCAAAUAUCUUACUAGACAAAGACUUUACUGCCAAAAUAUCUGACUUUGGGCUUGCACGGGCUUCAGCGAAGCUAGCACAGACAGUCAUGACCAGCCGAAUUGUGGGCACAACGGCUUAUAUGGCACCCGAAGCUUUGCGAGGAGAAAUAACACCCAAAUCUGACAUCUACAGCUUCGGCGUGGUUUUAUUAGAGCUGAUAACCGGACUUGCAGCUGUGGAUGAAAACCGGGAACCUCAACUACUACUGGAUAUUAAAGAAGAGAUUGAAGAUGAAGAGAAGACGAUUGAAGAUUAUACGGAUGAGAAGAUGAGCGAUGCAGACCCUGCUUCCGUCGAAGCGAUGUACUCCACUGCUAGUCAGUGUCUGCAUGAGAAGAAAAACAGACGGCCAGACAUUGCUAAGGUUCAACAGCUGCUACAAGAGAUGUCUGCUUAGAACUAAUGAAAUAAACAUCUUUUUUUUUUUUUUUUUUUUAACUGCUCGUGGUCCUGGAGACCGGAAAAGCACAUUGACACUGAGUUGCAUCACCAGCCUGUUGUUUGUUUGCGUUUGUUUUUGGUUUCCUAAAUGCGUUUUAUUUUUAACAAGGCAGCAUGGUGCAAUGUGCUGGCUAGUUAAUGGACGCUUUGGCACCGCAGCAAGUGACGGUUGCAAGGUAGCACUUGGCCCCACCUACUUAGUGUGGAGCUCAGUUUUCCACAGCAACAUCACCAAACUACAGUGAACUCGAGAUUCAGGAAAGCAGCCCUGGGCUGUACACUAGGGUUAUUGGGGGCUGGGGGAAGUGAGACAGGAUUCCUCUGUGUAUCCCUGGAUGUCCUGGAACUUGCUCUGUAGACCAGGCUGGCCUUGAACUCUGCAAUCUGCCUGUCUCUGUCUACUGCGUGUUGGGAUUAAAAGAGUGUGCCACUACGGUCUAGCCUGGGAUUGUGGUUUGCAGCUCAGCAGACCCCACUAGUAAUUUCCUGUAAAGCUCUGGGCCAGCUCUUAGCUACCUUAAGCUUUCGUGUUGGCUUUCGGUUUUUUGCUAUGAACUUCAUGCUCCUGUAAAUAGCUCCUCACCUAUGUUUCCAUAAGGAACCUCUCCCCACUGCUGCUGUAACCCUAACUAAACUCACUGGUUCAACAAUGUA